ACGCACACUAUUCCGUUAUCUCAGCAUGUAUGGAAAAGCAGAAUGGUUUCUGAAAUCAUGGAAGUCCUCAGUUCUCUUCUCAGGUCAUAAAAAUAGGAUAGGAGGUGGUGAUAAGAGAUGGGUCUGCAUACAGAUAGGAACCUCAUUUAUCUUCAUAAAUGUGUUUUUUGGUCAACUCUUUAAAGCUCCAUUUGUUUUUUUUUUUUUUUUUAGAAACGAGUUAACUAUAAGUGCUGUAUCAAGUCUGACUCGCGGAUGUUUAUUUUUAGCGCGUCUUGGAGCUAAACUUUGGCAGAUCUGACUGCGUGGUAACUCUCCUCCUUCCCGGUGAUGCCUCUCUUAAAGCUCUCCGCCCCUCAGACUGCUGGCACUGUCAUUGCGCGCGGCGCGCGGCGUGGACUUGGAGACGUCUUGGAGAUUUACGCACGACGCCGCUACGAACGCGAGCACUUCAGAGGGAAGGGACGCCUUUUAAAGCCCGACAAAACACCAGAAAACUUCACUCCGACAAGCCUUCUGCCAAACGUUCACGUUUUUAUCGCGGAUAACGCAGACUUUUCUUUCUUUUUCCUUUAUCCCGGGGUGACUUUAAGAGAAGAGCGGUGGAACGAUGGAAACAGUCCAAACAGGAGCCAGACUCUGAAGGGCAGCUGUGAUUUUUUUUUCUUUUUUUUUCCAAAUAGAGAUCAUUAAAAGAGAGGAUGAUCCCGCCGGCAAACGCGAUUCAGGACGACAGUGGGGGCAACGAGGAGGACCAGGAUGAGACGCCAAAAUCCCCAACGACGAGCAACAGCCAAAAGGAAACCAAGAAUACUGUGAGGCCCGAACAUCAAAAACGCAAGCUGCAAAGACUCAAACGCUCGCUGUCCUUCAAAACCAAGAGCAUCCGCAGCAAAAGCGCCGACAAUUUCUUCCGAAACAGCAGUGAGAACAAGACGGAGCUCCUCUCCGACGUGAGCAGCAGCACGGGCCAUCUCUGCAACAUCGGGAUGGCCCCUCCGCACACCACCAACCUCCCCAUUCCCCCGGUGCCCCCAGCAAUCCCCUGCGCUCCUCCACCGACGUCACGCUCCCAGUCACGCAACCCGCUGCAAGUCGACUCGGCGGGACACUGCUUCAUGGAGCACAUCUUCAAAAAGCCCACCUUCUGUGAUGUGUGCAACCACAUGAUCGUAGGCACGACGGCCAAGCAUGUGGUGUUCCUGGCGGGAAACACGGCGAAACACGGCCUUCGGUGCAAAGCCUGCAAGAUGAGCCUCCACCACAAAUGUGAGAACGGGGUUGGACAGCAGCGCUGCAUGGGGAAACUGCAGAAUGUGCUUGUUCAGAAGUCUCGAUGCGUCAGCGUACCGAUGCAUCUGUUCCCAUCAUCCAUCCUCGUCAUGACUGUUGUAUCUUCACCCUGUCGAGAAAUAGAGACGGCUGUGAAAAAUGCUGAGCCUCUCUUUCAUCCUUUGAAAGCAAAUAUGAUUUCCCCAAAGCAACAUAAUGAAGGUCAUGGGGCAGUUUCAUGUGAGCGGCAUUUCAAGCCAAAAGGCUUUCGGCGCUACUACAGCUCCCCACUCCUGAUCCAGGAACAGUAUGGCUGCAUAAAAGAAGUGCUACCCAUCGCCUGCGGCAACAAAGUGGAUCCCGUCUACGAAGCGCUGAGGUUUGGAACAUCGCUGGCACAGAAGGCCAAGAGGGCCAGCGGCUCCGAUUCUCCAAACAGAAACUCAAUCAGUGAGUUGGAUAAGGUUUCUGAGGAAGUUCUGGCCCACAGCAGUAGGCAGGAGCUGUCGAGAAAGCACAGCGAUGACGUUUUUACAGUUAUUGAAAAUGGGACAGAGCGUUACCAUCUGACGGACAGCAAAUCUGUGGACGGCUUACCGACUCAGCUGCAGAAGGACAUGCUCAAGCUCAACACCUACGUGGCCUUGUAUGACUACGUCGCUCAGGGGAGCCAUGACCUGGAGAUGAGAGCUGGAGACAGAAUCUUAUUGGUUGACGACUCCAACAACGACUGGUGGAAGGGGGUAAUCGAGGACCGAAUCGGUUUCUUCCCAUCAGCCUUUGCUCUUCAGCUGCGGGCUGAAGACCAGGUCUUCAGGUGCACCAGAGCAUUUAUCGGCUGCAAGGAGCAAAGCCAGCUCACCCUGAAGGAGGGACAGAUCUGCGUCGGCAGUGAGAUAGAACGCAACGGCUUCAUCAGAGUGACGAGUGGAAAGAAGAGGGGUUACGUCCCGUGUGACGUCCUGGAGAUCAUCUGAGACAAAGUCAGCUCAAGGAGAAACCCCGACAAGAUAGUGGGGCGGGACCGGUCGCCCGAUGAGGAACGGAGAAGGCAUCCGCCGCGGGGGAGGAACUUCACCUCAGCAGAGGCGGAAGUUCAAACCCGACACAAGCGGUUGUGGUUUGUCACCGAGCACUUUGGUUUGCUGCAGGUCUCCCUUUCUGCACGGAGUCAAACCAGAGACAACAAACUGCCUCUGGUUUUCUAGAGGGCAGGAGAUCACUGUGUCACUGAUUUUAUUGAACUUUUUUAUGUUUUUCUGCAUUCCUGCUAAGCGUCCUUCACCUCCAAUCCUUUUAUAAAAAGGGCUGCCAGCUAGUUUUUAUGGCUCAAUAACAAACACUUUUAUUUUGUUGUGUUUUCCAUGAAAAUGUUAGUCACAGUGCCAAGUAGCAGCAGUAUUUAUUUAUUUUUUUACAUUCCAUUCAAUUUGGGACAGUGAUGGAAGCUACGAUUAUAAAUAAUGAUAACAAAGAAUUUAAUCCGCUUUAAUUCUUUGGAAAAAAAAUUCCUUUGAGAUUAAAAAAUAAGUUCUCAUGCAUGGUGAAAACGAGCUAAACACCAGAAAAGGAGGGAAACAAAAGUUUUUUUUUUCUUAAAGGAAUUACCUAAUGUAAUAAAAUCCUCUUUGGUCUUUCACAAAUACUCUACAGAUUCUUUGAUUUCAAUGACACAUAUUGUUCCCUGCUGUCAAUUUCCUUAGGUACUAAUGGAAUGAUACGCUUUGGUUAAAAUAUCAACAGAGGACAGCAGACAGCAGCUUUGGGUUAUGCAGUUUAUGAAGUAGAGCAAAUAAAAGAUCAAUUAAGGCUCUUGUGAUCCAAAACCCUGAAAAUCUGAAUCUUAUGAUGUAUUUUCAGACUAAAAGCCCUAAACCAGUGGUCUGCAACCUAAAACCCUGGAGCCACAUAUGACCUAUGACCCCUCCUCUUUAGCUCUGUGGUUAAAAAAUAAUGUAAUCUUUAUAAUUUUUUAUAAGUAACUUUUUUUUUAGACAAUAAAGCCCAUCAAGCAAAAAAAAAGUCAAACUUGAUUAAACUCAUUCAUAAACAUUGGUACGUAUCACUCGGCCUGGCUCCUGACUACAUUACCCAUAAUGCCCCAGCAAUCCAUCAAACUAUUCAUAGUAUACCAAGUAUUUUGACAGAUUUUUGAGCGCCGUGUACCACAAAAAAUCCAUUUGAGCUCAACCAACGUUCAUCCUUAAGGCGCACCUUAAGUAUGACAGUCCGCCUUAAUUGUUGAACUAAAUUCAAGGACUUUAAAUGUGUCAUAUGUUCCAAAAAUGCAAUAAUGAUCACUUAGUUUUGAUUUAAUUUUACACAUUUCUGGCUGAGAUGGAGCAGAUGCUGCAUUGAAGUGAUCCUAUAUGUGGGCGUCUUUUAUUUUGAAAGGAAGUCAUGUGAACUUCUGUCUAAGGUAAAAAACUACUUAAUAUAUUUUAAAAAUGCAUAAUUUUAUGAUUAUUUAUGAUUUUUUUUUUUAAUUAUGUCACAAACAGUAGUUUAAAGUGUUGAAGGUUGCAGACCUCUGCCCUAAACAAAAAAGGCAAAAAAGAGACUAGUUUUCAUCCAAGACUAAAAAAGUUUACAUAUUUUUAAAAGUUGGUCCCUCGUCAUUAUUACGGUCCUCAAAACUAAAAGGAGAAAUCACAUUAAAAAGUUGUGUUUUUUACCAUUUCCACUCUGCAUAAUUUUUUUAGAUGUAGAUUUUUUUGACUUUUUAAAAAGGUUUUAUUUAUUUAUUUAUGAUUAACUUUAACUGUCAUGUUUUCUUUUUUUAAGAGAGGAAUUACUACACUAAAAUUCUAACAAAAGGUUGUUUUAUUCUUAUUAAUUUAAGAUACCUGGUGUGCUUAAGAAAUGGAGCCUAUGAACUGUUAAGUUUAGUAUUUAGUUAGAUCAUUUUAAACUUGAGCACUCAUGCAGUUUUCUUUUUUCAGCUCAGGCCAUUCUAAAUGGCUCUUUUUUGUUGUUUUUUUCUAGAAUUGACUUUGUUUUGUUUUUUAGAAUUUAAGUUAUUUUGCAUUGUAAUCAAAGGAAAAUUAUGCCUUUUGAAGGUUUGCUCUGCACUGAAACUCAACAAGGCUUUGUUGUACGUCAUGUAUGAACACAAAUAAAGAGUUUUGUUACAGCAAA